AUGGAAAGCCAUAAAUGCAUGUUUGAGCUUUGUGAACAGCCUGCAAAAAUAAAAUGCUCUUGCAAAAUUCCAGUACUUUAUUUUUGUAUAAACCACAUUGGCCACCAUCUCAUUAUGUUAGGUUCUCACAACUUUGAAAACCUUUCAAUCAAAACCGAUUUUCAACCUACCUCAAAAGUGGAAAUUUUAAAAUACUUUUUAUUGCAAAUUAAAGAGCUGGAAGGCUUAAAAUCAAAUCUGAUAAGCCAAGUCUUUUCAUCUGUUAAAGCUAUAUCAUUUCAACUAAGCAAAGUUUUGAAGCAGUUAAAUGCAGAGCUCAGAUUAUUUAAAGAAGAAAUGAUAAAAGUUAUCAAUGAGAAAGAUAUCUUCAGCUCGGAAAAUUUAACAAUGUCAGGGACUGAUACAAUCAAGCUUCUUGAAGAAAAAAAUCCUUUAAAAGACAUUUCAUUAGAAAAACUUAUAAUAGAAACAUUUGAGUUUGUGAAAGGCUUAAAAUUGGUUAAUCAUGAAAAUUGUGCUACAAAAGAAGAAUUAGCUGAAUCCCAACAAGAAAAGUUUGAGCUCUCAGCUCAAAUUUCUAUUUUGAACGAAAAAAUAAGCGCUCUAAAGGAAGAAAACUUAAAUAUUUCUAAUAAAAUUUCGAUUGCUGAAAAAGAGCUGGGAGAUGUAAGAACAGAGAAUGAGCACUUAUCUGAAAAAAUUUGCCUUAUAAACAAAGAACUAUCCAUCUAUAAAGACCAAAGUUCCCAACUUUCGAGCCAAGUUUCCAGUAUUUCAUUAGAGCUUAAUAAGUCAAAUUUAGAAAAGUCAAAUCUUUCUCACCAAAAUUCCCUUAUUACACAAGAGCUCAAUAAUUUCAAAACCGAAAAUUCAAGACUUUCAAAUCAAUUCAAUCUUACUACUCAAGAACUUAAUAACUGCAAGGCUGAAAAUUCAAGGCUAACCCAAGAGUUAAAUAACUGUAGAUCAGAAAUAACGAGACUAAAUCAAUGCCGUGAUAUGGGUCCUCCUGGAGGUUGGCAUCAUCCUCCUCCACCCCCGGGUCACCACCCACAUCAUCAUAAAAAAUAA